UUGGCCAAUGCGAUAACACUUCCUGUUUCCUGUCUUUCCCGCAGUGCCGGCAUCGCCGUGGGUUUCUAUGGAAAUGGGGAGUCAUGUGAUGGAGCCAACCGCCUGGCGUAUUCUCUACGGCACGCCAACCGCACCGUGGCAGGGGUCGACAAACUGGUGACGGACAGUGCCCUGUCUCUGAACCAGACAGUGGAGGGAGGUCUGGUCCAGUUGGAGACGGUCUACUCUGAACAGACUGACUACGUGUCCAUCGUCCAGAAGCUCCAGGGUCAGCUGGAUGAGCUGGUCAGACUCAUGGUGGACAUCCCCUUCUGGAGUAACUCUGAGAUCUCCCUAGAAGACCUGGCCUUCAAGACGGAAGCCUUUGACUGGUACAGGUGGCUGGUAUACCUGACUCUGCUGCUGUUUGAUGUUCUGAUCUGUCUGCUGGUUCUGUUCGGACUGAUACGCAACUCUAAAGGCACUCUGAUUGGGGUGUGUUUGUUGGGUGUUCUGACUCUCAUCAUCAGCUGGGGGUCUCUGGGACUGGAGCUGGCAGCUGCCGCGACGGCCAGCGACUUCUGUGUUUCCCCGGAUACCUACAUCACCAGGGUAACCAAGGAGAACGCUGUUAUCAACCAAGAUAUCCUGCAGUAUUACCUGAGGUGCAGCAGUGGCCAAUCAAAUCCUUUCCAGCAUAAGCUGUCUGGCAGUCACAAAGCCCUGGUUGAGAUGCAAGAUGACGUGGCAGAACUCCUACAGUCAGCUAUACGGGAUUACCCCAACACCAAGGGGACUCUGGAACAGAUUCAGACUGUGUUGAACUCUACGGAGGUUGGCCUUCAUCAACUCACCGCUCUGGUCGACUGUCGCAGCCUGCACAUGGACUAUGUCCAGGCUCUAACAGGGUUGUGUUAUGAUGGAGUGGAGGGGCUGAUCUACCUGGUGCUGUUCUCCUUCGUCACAGCUCUCAUGUUCUCCUCCAUCGUCUGCAGUGUGCCACACACCUGGCAGAGCAAGAGGACGGAUGAUGAGGAUGGAGAAGACGAGUCUGCUGCCCAAGGCAAUCGGGGGGCGGGUCCUCAUGAUAACCUGUACCGCGUGCACAUGCCCAGCCUCUACAGCUGUGGUAGCAGCUACGGCAGCGAAGCUAGCAUCCCUGCUACGGCCCACACUGUCAGCAAUGCCCCUGUCACUGAGUACAUGUGAGUUUGUACCCCACCGGUAGCCGCUAGCUGAAACAACACACUGCCUGCUACACAAGCUAGCCACGCGAUCUCCAUUGCCUGCCAUACAUUAUUGUAGCUAGCGAGUGAGUUAGCCUGCUAGCCACAUGUCAGUUAGCACCGCUAGCAGAAUCAACACACUGCCUGCUAUACAAGCUCAAGUUAGCCGCGCGAUCGCCAUUGCCUGCCAAACAUUAUCGCUAGCUAGCGAGUGAGUUAGCAUGCUAGCAUAAACAAAACACUGCCUGCUAUCAGUUAGCUAUCAGUUACCCAAAUGAAGCUACACUGCCUGCUCAGUGAUAUACACUAGGCUACAUGUGAGUAAGCCUGCUAGCCAUAUCGGAGUUAGCUUUUACACAUUGCCUGCCUGCCAUACAAGUUAGCUAUUGCCUGCUACCAAUUAGCCACGCAAUUACCAUUGACUGGUAUCGGCCUACCAUGAAGCUACAGCUAAAGGGUGUG